AUGAGAUCUGUUUCACUGGAUUAUGGGAAUAUUACCAAUUGGGAAGAUUACUCUGGCAUUGCGUUUUUAACAGCGAACAGUGUGGUCUUGCUCUUCACCUCGUGUGUGGGUAUCGCGGCAAAUUUAUUUGUUAUUUUAGCAGUGUACCACCAAAAAUCACUGCGUACUUGGAAUAAUGCUCUACUGGUGAAUCUAGCGGUCAUAGACAUUUUCCGUUGCGCAAUUGACUGUCCCAUUCUUCUAGCAAUUGUUUUGACUAACCAACAAGGCUAUGUUGAUGGACUAUUGUGCGAUGCUCAAGUAGUCUCUUUUUCCUUCAGUUUCUGCAUUCAGUUGCUUACCUUAGCAGGCAUAAGUGCGGAGAGAUAUCAGGCCAUUGCGCAUCCUUUUCAGACAAAAGAACGCCGAAGAAGGCUUUUAAUAAUGAUUCCCAUCACCUGGUCCAUUGCCAUCCUUGUGGCAGUUUUUUGUCUUACAUCACUGAAAGACUCACCUGUAUAUGUACAAUGCAGAGGACUAGGCGUGGAAAUUCUCCCCUCAUAUGACACCUUUGGACUAUACAUUUUACUUCCCCUAUGGUCAGUUUGUUUUGCUGUCAUCAUUGGAUUCUAUUCUCGGAUUUUUGCUAUAGUAAGAGCACACGGUCGGAAAAUAUUUGACAAAGGUACUGUGCUUAAACAGGGCAAAAGUAAAGAAAAGAAAAAGGAAGAUGACUCAAAGGUCAAUAAAAAAGGUCAAGAGGAAGUCCAUAAUAAAAACAUGCAAACAAAUGAGCAGACAGUAAGUCUGGAGCAAACAGUCAGUCUGGAGCAGACAGUCAGUCUGGAGCAAACAGUCAGUAUGGAGCAGACAGUCAGUAUGGAGCAAACAGUCAUUAUGGAGCAAACUGUCAUUAUGGAGCAGACAGUCAGUCUGGGGCAGACUGUAGGACUAGAGCAGCAGGUGAUGCCAGGUGAAAUAAAGGCAUCUCAUACAGAUGCUCCAGCUGAUCCCAUUAACUCUCCUAGUAAAACCACCAAAAGUCCAAAGCGUGCAGGUGUGACAUUCAGGGAAGGAGCGCUCACAGUCAUUGAUUUGGACGAGGGUUUGACAGCUCCCUCAAAGCGCCUGGAGGUCAGUGAGCUUGAGCAGCAGCCUGUUGUUAGCUGUGAAGCACAAGACGUUGUAGCUUUACCUGGAAAGGAGACCGUACAGUCUGUUACAAUUAGUGCCCCGGAUCAAAACGAGGACGUGGAUGGCGCUGUCUGUAUGAUGCCAUCAAUGGCCAGCAAAGAAAGAGCGAAAAAAAAGAAGGAGGGUAAAAUGGCCAAGCGCUCUGGGUACAUUAUUCUCACUUUCCUCAUAUUUUGGAUACCAUUGAUAGUAAUGAUCCUGGUGAAUUUUUUUAUCAACAGAGAGAAAAAUGCUGGGAUGAAGAUCACUCAGGAUCUAGAAGUUCUCUCUGUCUCCGUGGCCUGUGUGACGUCAGUCAGCAACCCAAUAACCUAUGCUGUAGUCAACCCUCAGUUUAGGACAGUGUUUUAUACAUUCAGAAAUAAAUGUAAAUCCUUUUUUUCGAGGUAG